AUGCGUGGCCCAGUGAUCAACAUGAGUUGGGAGAUUGUUCCCCACCCCACAUCACUAUAUAACUCGCACUCUGACUUGCUACUUGAUGAAAAAUGCUUUCGGGCCACUCGUCGUCUAGUUUUGUUGCUGUCAUUGUUUGGUCAUGGAGCGGUGAGGUCCCACAAGACGGGGGAUCCAACAAGGCUGGACCCCAAGCAAGAAGUGACGAGGGCACGGAAGAAGGAUCCAAUGACAAAGCAUUCCGGACACAGCAGGAAGCAGAUGAUGAAAAAGCCAAGGAUAAAAUUCAAAAGGCUAGAGCUGAGGCGGCUGGCUGCCUUUGAAGAAGAGCAGCGCCAAUGGCUACUGGAGAUGAAAGAGCAAGAGGCUCUUGAUGGCAGGCACCUCUCCAAGACACGGAGGACCAGCAAGGACAGUAAGGGGGCCGGUGAGAUCCGAGACAGCAAGGAGGCGAAAGACUCACAAAGCGCCUCUAAUGGAGGCAAGCAGGAAGAAGAUGAACUCUCUCCGCAAGAAAGGCGAAGAAAGGCCAAAGAGGAGCAAGCAGAGAAUGAGCGCCUCCGUUUACGGGAGGCGGCGGCUUUGAUGGCGCAGGAGAAGCAGAAGGCUCAUGAGAGACGUAUGAUGGACCAACGUGGCACCUUCAAAGUGGUUGGCAGCGACAUCAACGGCUUGUCAAAGACAAGGGUGGAAGAUGACGAGGCAGCAAAUUCAAGGACCGCCUCGCAGGCAAGUUCAUCACGUACGACAUCGAAGGACAAAAAAUGCGAUUCCCUCGAGCCUGCUUCAUCUGGGAAUGGGCUGUUUCGCGGAGCAGGCUCUGCAAUAGCUGGAUCUGCGUCAACGCCAUUGAUGGGACUGCGGCCAGGCAGUGGCGGCAGCUCCUCUGAGAAGGGCAGUGUGCUUAGCAAUUCACCUGCCGUGCCUCCUGCAGAAGAAGGUGCAAUACGCGUUUCACCGGCGUCUGGGCGCACAAAGGGGCUGUCAGGCGGUGACGCCUCACGUGGACCUAGCAUGAGUGAUGUUGUUCGUGUCCGAGAACAGACACUGUGGGUAAAGCCGCCGUGA